CAAACUACUACUCGAAGAUCGAAGCAUUAUCGCUACAAUCAAACGGGCCCUCUCACAUGGGCGAGAAGCAAGAAACGAGCUCAUCAGUCGCUUCGCGGUUUUGCGAAAUCAUACACUCCUCUCGGCUUAAAACCUAGAAGCUUAGAAGAAGCUUCUUUUUUCCAUGGCGGUUUCGGAAGAGUCCUCGUCGAACCAGUCCGGCGGCUCCUCUUCCUUGGUCCCCAGUGGUGGUGUUCACUACCUCGCCAAGUGCGUCUUGAGAGGCAGCGUUGUUCUUCAAGUCGUUAAAGGACACAUCCGAUCCCCUUCGUCUAACGACGUUGUCUUCGGCAAGGAAACAUCAAUAGAGUUAGUGAUUAUUGAUGAUGAUGGGACUGUGCAAUCUACUUGUGAGCAGCCCGUGUUUGGAACAAUAAAAGAUCUUGCUAUCAUGCCGUGGAAUGAGACUUUUCACUCAAGAAGUCCUCAGAUGCAAGGGAGGGACCUAUUGGUUGUUAUUUCCGAUUCUGGGAGGAUCACAAUUCUCACUUUUUCCAAUGAAAUGCACAGGUUUUUCCCCGUGCAACAUCUUGAACUUGCUGAGCCUGGAAAUUCAAGACAUCAAGUUGGAAGAAUGUUAGCUGUACAUUCAUCUGGCCGUUUAAUUGCUGCCAGCGCCUAUGAUGACCGUUUAGCAAUGUUUUUUUUUUCACCUUGUGAUGAGUGUGCCAUUGAACAGAGCAUUAUUUAUCCUUCAAAAGAUCCAUCCGGAGGUGUAGCUUCUAUUAUUUCGGGUACUAUAUGGAGCAUGUGCUUUAUUUCCACACAAUGUUGUCAACCAAUUGAGGAUUACAUCCCUGUUUUGGCCAUUCUUCUGAAUCGGAGGGGAACUUUUAAUAACGAGCUUUUAUUGCUGGAGUGGGACAUGAAGAAACAUAGUAUUGAACUGAUAAGUCAAUAUGCAGAAGCAGGGCCUUUAGCACUUAAUGUUGUUGAAGUUCCUCAUUUGUCUGGUUUUGCUUUCAUAUUAAGGGCUGGUGAUCUUCUUUUAAUGGAUCUUAGGGAUGCUCAUAAUCCUUGUUGUGUAUAUAGAACUAGCUUAGGUUCUCUUACUACUGCAGUGGAGGAACAUACUUUUAUUGAGGAAUCAUGUGGACUACAUGAUACUGAUGAAGAUGGUAUGUUUAGCGUGGCUGCCUCUGCUUUACUGAAGCUAAGAGACAUGGGUAAAGAUAACGAUCCCAUGAAUAUAGAUAGCGAGAUGAGCCCCGUGCGUCCAACCUCUAGACAUGUGUGCUCAUGGAGCUGGGAGCCUGGAAAUGAGUCAAAUCCAAGGAUGAUAUUUUGUGUAGAUAGUGGAGAACUGUUUGCACUUGAAGUUUGUUCUGAUCAUGACGGGGUUAGGGUUGAUGUUUCUGAAUGCCUCUAUAAAAAUCUUAUUUGCAAGGUGCUCCUUUGGGUUGAAGGUGGAUUUUUAGCUGCCCUUGUUGAUAUGGGAGAUGGGAUGAUUCUGAAGGUUGAAGAGGGAAGGCUUAUCUAUGGGAGUCUUAUUCAAAACAUUGCUCCAAUAUUGGACAUGUCAGUUGUGGAUUUCCAUGAUGAGAAGCAAGCUCAAAUAUUUGCCUGUUGUGGAAUGGCUCCAGAGGGAUCAAUAAGGAUUAUUCGUAGUGGUAUUAGUGUUGAAAGGCUGUUAAGAACUGCUCCUAUUUAUCAGGGCAUAACAGGUACUUGGACUCUCAAAAUGCAAGUAAAAGAUGCUUAUCAUUCAUUCCUAGUGCUAUCAUUUGUUGAACAGACCCGUGUGUUAUCUGUUGGAUUGAGUUUUACUGAUGUGACUGAUUCAGUUGGUUUUCAGCCUGAUGUUUGUACCCUGGCUUGUGGUCUUAUCAGGGAUUGUAUGUUGGUUCAGAUAUACCAGAAUGCUGUCAGGCUUUGUUUGCCAACUAUUACUGCUCAUCCUAAAGGUGUUUCAUCAUCUUCCCCAACCUGUACAACCUGGUUGCCUGACAAAUUUAACAUCAGCCUAGGUGCUAUUGGGAACAACUUCAUAAUAGUAGCUACUUCAAGUCCUUGUCUCUUGUUUCUGCUUGGAGUCAGACAAUUAAAUGGUGACGUUGAAGUAUAUGAAAUGCAACGCAUAAAAUUAGAAAAUGAAUUAUCUUGUAUUUCGAUCCCUUCAAUCAAUUUUCAGCGAAAACAGUCAAUUGCUCGUACUAAUUCAAUGGAUAGUGGUUAUGGUUAUAAUCUUCCACCUGGAGUUGAUAUUAGUAACACCUUUGUUAUUGGUACACAUAAGCCUUCAGUCGAGGUUCUUUGUUUCCUGCCUGGCAAAUGUUUGAGUCAGCUAGCAAUUGGAAUUAUUUCGUUAACAAAUUCAAUGGGAACAACAAUUAGUGGAUGUGUCCCUCAAGAUGUGAGGCUUGUAUUAGUUGAUAGACUUUAUGUCCUUUCUGGGUUAAGGAAUGGGAUGCUACUACGAUUUGAGUGGCCAAGUGACUCUGCUAUUUCUUCAUCAGAAUCACUUAGUCAGGGGCCUAAUACUGGAUCCCGUUUGGUAAACUUGGAUAAUGACUUAUUUAGAGCUCCAGAACAAAAAUUAUCCGCCUCUUAUACACCUCUUGGUUAUAAUAACGAACAUGUUCUUCUUCAGUUGAUUGCUGUACGCAGAAUAGGAAUUACACCUGCUUUCCUUAUUCCAUUGAGUGAUUCCAUUGAUGCUGACAUAAUAGCCCUCAGCGAUAGGCCUUGGUUAUUGCAAACUGAUAGGCAUGGCCUCUCAUAUACUUCCAUCUCUUUCGAACCGUCAACACAUGCAACCCCUGUAUGUUGUAGUGAGUGUCCCAAAGGAAUUUUAUUUGUUGCAGAGAAUAGCCUUCAUUUGGUGGAAAUGGUACACAGUAAAAGACUGAAUGUUCAGAAAUUUCAUCUCGGAGGCACUCCUACAAAGGUUUUAUACCACAGUGAAAGUAGGCUAUUGCUUGUGAUGAGGACUAGGACUGAACUAAGCCAUGAUUCAUCGUUAUCUGAUAUAUGCUGUGUAGAUCCUUUAAGUGGUUGUAUUUUAUCAUCAUUUAGACUUCAACCUGGGGAAACAGGAAAAUGCAUGGAAUUGGUAAGAGUUGGAAGCGAAUUAGUCCUGGUUGUUGGCACAAGCAUUUGGACUGGUCCAGCCAUAAUGCCCAGUGGUGAAGCAGAAAGUACAAGGGGCCGUCUCAUAGUUUUGAGCCUUGAACAUACACCUAAUUCAGAUACUGCUUCUAUGACGUUUUGUUCAAAAGCUGGCUCAUCUUCUCAGCGAGCUUCACCUUGCCCUGAAGCAGUUGGAUAUGCAGUUGAAAAUUUAUCAUGCAGUAGCCUUUGCAGCAGCUCAGAUGAUAAUAGUUCUGACGGAGUUAAACUGGAAGAAACUGAAGCAUGGCAUCUCAAAUUAGCUUAUUCUACUAUGUGGACUGGAAUGGUCCUUGCUGUUUGUCCGUACCUUGAUCGCUAUUUCUUAGCCUCAGCUGGCAAUGCGUUUUAUGUAUGUGGAUUUCCCAACGAUAAUUUCCAAAGGGUUAGGAGAUUGGCUGUUGCUAGAACACGGUUUAUGAUUACGACUUUGACCUCGCACAUUACUAGAAUUGCUGUGGGAGACUGCCGUGAUGGAGUCCUUUUUUUCACCUAUCAUGAGGAUGCUAGGAAACUAGAACAACUAUACUGUGAUCCAAUUCAGAGGCUGGUAGCUGAUUGUAUUCUAAUGGAUGUUGAUACUGCUGUUGUAUCAGAUCGCCUGGGGAGUAUCACUGUCUUGUCAAGUUCAAACCAGUUAGAAGAUAAUGCAAGUCCAGAAAGUAAUUUAAUGCGGUGUUGCUCUUUCUAUAUGGGUGAAAUAUGCAUGUGUAUAAGCAAGGGGUCAUUUUCAUACAAGCUUCCGGCAGAUGAUUUAUUAAAGGGCUUUGAUAUUGCUAAUGCGACGAUUGGCUUAUCAAACAACAGUAUUAUGGCUAGUACGCUUUUAGGAAGUAUUUUUGUCUUCAUUCCCAUAUCAAGGGAAGAGCAUAGAGUUUUAGAAGAUUUGCAAUCUAGACUGGUUGUUCAUGAACUAACUGCUCCAAUCUUGGGAAAUGAUCACAGUGACUUUCGCUCUCGAGGAACUUCUGCUGGGUUACCACUGAUAUUGGAUGGUGAUAUGUUAGCACAGUUCUUAGAACUAACUAGCAUGCAGCAAGAAGACGUGUUAUAUGGUCCUCCUGAUGAAACAGAAAAACCAUUACCAAGUUCGAAACAAACUUUUACAACUAAUGACGUCGUGCGUUUGCUUGAACGGGUGCAUUAUGCAUUAAAUUGAAAUAUUUAACCUGACGAACUUAAUUGGAGGACUCUGGAAGGGUGGUACUUGUAUGUACAGAUACAAAAUAUGAAGGUGAUACCUUAAGUGGUACAUAAAUGUGAAUGUUCGAUGGAGGACCAGACCGACUGACUGAAUGACCGAUUAUGCUGAGGUCAGAGUUUAGAUUUUACUAAAUACUUACUCUCUCCAAUACUACUAGUUGUUAUAUCUUUGAUAAGAAAUCGGAGGAAGUUGGACGGUUUUUUACAUGUACACAGCGAGACAAAAAGGAACUGAGAGGCAUUUGAUGUUUUAUACUUUGUACAGAUUUUCAUUGUGUACUAUUUCAUUAAGGUUCUUGAGUUCUUAAUUCUUGUUAGUAAAAAAGAUAGUUACUCACUGUUAUUUACAGUGAUUUUAAAUU